CGAAGUUAGACCCACCGAGGUGGCGUCAGACGGCGGGGGCGACAGCCCUUUGGUUGACCCCAGUGACAAUGGCGGUGUUUCACGAUGAGGUGGAGAUCGAGGACUUUCAGUAUGACGAGUACUCGGAGACUUAUUUCUACCCCUGCCCGUGUGGGGAUAACUUCGCCAUCACCAAGGAAGAUUUGGAGAAUGGAGAAGACGUGGCAACGUGUCCUAGCUGCUCUCUCAUUAUAAAAGUGAUUUAUGACAAAGAUCAAUUUAUGUGUGGAGAAACAAUACCAGCACCUUCCACCAACAAGGAAUUAGUUAAAUGCUGAAGAAGGCUUUAAGAAUCCAAAUCUGGAACAGUUGAGAAUGAGCCAAGAUGGAAAAAUCAAAUGCAAAGUUACAGACCUCUUCACAAGGACAACCUUCUUGUGGUUUUUUGCUCUGUUACAGAGUGUGGAUUCUUUCCAACAACUGUGACGUUCACCUUCAAUUAAAGAAGCAAUCCACAACAUGACAUACCUGGAUUUCACACAUAAAACUUUGAAUUGCAAGUGUUCUUAAUUUUCCAUCCAAAUUUUUUAAAAGAUAGUUUCAAAUCAGUACAUUUUUUUCCCUCAGUUACAUUAUUUUCGUAUCUUAAACCUAACUACUUCAGUAUCUGAUGACAGAAUCAUCUACCUCAAAGUUAUUAGUGUUCCUUUACAAAAAUGGGAUUGUAUUUUUUACUUGGUUGUUAAGAUUAUUAACACUAGCCCUUCCUUUGAAAUUUGACAUAAAUUUUGCUAAGAAAAUUUGCUAGCUAAAAUUUGCUAAUCUCCUCAGUCUUGUCAUUGUUAGGAUGUUCAUAUUCUGUUAAGCAUGCCUUUUCUGUUACGUUUCAUGCAUAGAGUGCUGGUUAUGGUGUUAAAGAGAAAAUACAGUGAGGUCAUAAUUUCUCCAGAGCUAAAAGUUAGUGAAUAAGAAAGAAAAGUAAAAAGUGAAAUGGUAAAUGGUCAAAGAAUAGCGAGUUUCCUUUUCAGUAUUCUAUAUGUUCCUUGAGAAUCAGGAUAAGAUAAAAAGACAAGCAG